CCAGCGGACAGAAGAACUUCCUUUCUGUCUCUCCUCCUCUUUGUAAAUCUGACUUUGCAGCAAAAAUUAAUAACUCUUUAAACAGAAGAAACGGAAGCGGAAAUGUACAUUGCAGGCCUGUCCUCGAUGCAAUGAAGGAGAAAUCGGUGACGCUGCCAGCCCACAUGGAGUGGACCCUGCAGGGAGCUUGCUGCUUUUCGGGCUGAGGACACCCAGACAGGUAAGGAGAGAGGUUCCUGUCCCAGGCCUCAGCUCCGUGGGCUCCUCGUGCUGGAAGGCGGAGCUGCCGCCAGGUGCUUCUGUUUUCCUUGUAAGGUUGAUUGGUAGGGUCCUCACGGCCACCCAGGCCCCUCCUUUCUCCAUCCCCCCAGGCCCUGUGCAGGGAGCUAGCCUUGACUCCACCAGCUAGAAAGUUGUACGCAAAGUGAGGGAUGUGCGUUGUGCAAGCAUUUCUGGGGCAAGGUCACCGUGGAAUUGUGGCGCUGCCCCCGGUGCUGCCCCGCGUGAGAUGAGGCCACCUCUUUAACCUCGUCCCCGCUCUUGUCUCUUGUUGGUCUGUGUCACUGCUCCCAGUCCGUGCUGCGAGGACAAAGAGGAAAUGAAAGGGACAGAGCUGCCCUCACCACGUCCGAGAACGCUGACAGAACUGCUCAGCCCCUCCCUCCCGUGCCCAGGGCCCCGCGUGACUCUCCCAUCAUGCCCACAGCACCUCCUCCAAGGGCCCCCCCAACGUCCUGGACCACGUUUAGCCCAGGUGACCACGUUUGCCCACGGCCUGGCAGAGAGGAGCGGUCUGUGGCGAAGGGUGUUCGUGCUCCUGGGCUCACACCCGGGGCAGCGCUCGCUGUGGCCCUGGACACCGCCUCCAGGCAGGUCUGUCCUCCCGUUGCUGCCUCUCCAGGUCUCCGUGGGGGUAAGUCCCGACCAGCAAAAGCCAGCAGUUAGCACAGCAAGGAAGACUCCACAGCCCAGGGUGCCCCCGCACUGCUCCCCGAGAGGCAGCUGGAGGACGCUGACCUGGCAGGGCAUUUGAGAGCAGGAUUGUGUACAGGAUUGUCUACAAGAGUUGGGGGCCUUUACCCUUCGUUUUGGCUGAGUGAUUCCUGCAAGGCCAGAGACCUUCGGAUCUGAGAAGCAUUCGCUGUUGGAAACGCUCAUCGCACGAGGCAAUCUUAUCCAGGAGGAGGGCGAAGCUAACAGGUCACAGGUGCUGUUUGUGCACGAGGAACCAGCCGGCUAAAGCCUCGAUCCACUUUCCAGACGUGGAGCGGGUCGAGUGGGCCAACAAGGUCAUCGCCCAGAUCUGGCCGUACCUCAGCAUGAUCAUGGAGAACAAGUUCCGUGAGAAACUGGAGCCCAAAAUCCGCGAGAAGAGUGCCCACCUGCGCACCUUUGCUUUCACCAAGCUCUACUUCGGACAGAAGUGCCCCAGGGUCAACGGCGUCAAAGCUCACGCGAACAGAUGCAACCGGAGACAGGUGACCCUGGACCUGCAGAUCUGCUACAUCGGGGACUGUGAGAUCAGCGUGGAGCUGCAGAAGAUUCACGCUGGCGUGAGCGGGAUCCAGCUGCAGGGCACCCUGCGAGUCAUCCUGGAGCCCCUCCUGGUGGACAAGCCCUUCGUGGGAGCCGUGACCUUCUUCUUCCUGCACAAGCCGCACCUGCAGAUCAACUGGACAGGCCUGACCAACCUGCUGGACGCACCGGGCAUCAACGAGGUCUCGGACAGCCUCCUGGAAGACCUCAUCGCUGCCCACCUGGUGCUGCCCAACCGCGUGACGCUGCCUGUGAAGAAGGGGUUGGAUGUGACCCACCUCCGCUUCCCUCUGCCCUGUGGAGUCAUCAGGGUGCACUUGCUGGAGGCGGUGAAGCUAGUCGAGAAGGACAACUUCCUGGGGCUUGGGGGCAAGUCGGAUCCCUACGCCAAGGUGAGCAUUGGCCUGCAGCACUUCCGGAGCAGGACCGUCUACAGGAACCUGAACCCCACCUGGAACGAGGUGUUUGAGUUCAUGGUGUACGAGGUCCCUGGACAGGACCUGGAGGUGGACUUGUAUGAUGAGGACCCCGACAGGGACGACUUCCUGGGCAGCUUGCAGAUAUGCCUGGAGGACGUCCGGACCAACAGAGUGGUGGACGAGUGGUUUGUCCUGAAUGACACAACCAGCGGGCAGCUGCACCUGCGACUAGAGUGGCUUUCCCUGUGCACUGACCAGGAAGCUCUGACCAAGGACCCUGGCGGUCUCUCCACUGCCAUCCUCGCUGUCUUCCUGGAGAAUGCUUGCAACCUGCCGACAAACCCCUUUGACUACCUGAAUGGUGAAUACCGGGCCAGGAAGCUCUCCAGGUUUGCCAGGAACAAGGUCAGCAGAGAGCCGUCCUCCUACGUCAAAGUGUCUGUGGGGAAGACAACUUGCACGAGUAAGACCUGCCCCCACAGCAAGGACCCCGUGUGGAGCCAGGCAUUCUCGUUCUUCGUGCGCGACGUGGCUGCUGAGCAGCUACAUCUGAAGGUGCUGGAUGACGCCCAGGAGUGUGCACUCGGAGUGCUGGACAUUCCCGUGUGCCAGGUCCUGCCCUACGCCGACCUCACGCUCGAGCAGCGCUUUCAGCUGGACCACUCGGGCCUGGACAGCCUCGUGUCCAUGCGGCUGGUUCUGCGGUUUCUGCGCAUGGAGGAACGCGAGUCGGGCAGCCCGCGCACGGGACCCGAAGCCCUAAAGAAAGGCCCUCUGUUCGUCAAGAAGGUGGAGGCCGAGCACAGUCCUACAGCCCCCUGGCAGGAAGGCGGCCCUGCACGUCCGCCACAGGCCCUGGCCCCUGCCCCUCCUGGCACCAAGCACGUCCCCAGGAUCCCCACUGCCACCAGCAAUUCCAGUGCUGCCGCCACCCCGCCCGUCCCCCGAGGGCCCGCAGGCAAGGACGGUGCCAGAGGGGUCAGUGGGCCCACUGGGGAGAAGAGCUCAGCCACUACCUUCCUGACGGUCCCAGGCCCCCACUCUCCAGGGCCCAUCAAGUCGCCCCGGCCCACGGAGCGCCCUGCCUCCCCAUUCGUGUGGCCGCCCAAGCGUCUGGCUCCCAGCGUGGCCUCGCUCAGCUCCCUGGCCUCCUCCUGCUUUGACCUGGCCGGCAGCCUCAGUGCCGAAGGCGAGGACGGCAGCCGGCGGCUGGGCGAGGUCCAGCUCACAGUGCGUUACGUGUGUCUGAGGCGCUGCCUCCGUGUGCUGGUCAACGGCUGCAGAAACCUGACACCAUGCACCAGCAGCGGGGCUGACCCCUACGUCCGCGUCUACCUGCUGCCAGAAAGGAGGUGGGCGAGCCGGAGGAAGACCUCGGUGAAGCGCAAAACCCUGGAGCCCCUGUUCGACGAGACAUUUGAAUACUUUGUUCCUUUGGAAGAAGUCAAGACGAGGUCACUAGAUGUGGCAGUGAAAAACAGCAGGCCGCUUGGCUCCCACAGAAGGAAGGAGCUAGGCAAGGUACUGAUCGACUUGUCAAAAGGAGACCUGAUCCAAGGCUUUUGCCAAUGGUAUGAGCUGACUCCUGACGGCCAGCCCAGAAGCUGAGGAGCAGUGCUGCCAUGGCCAUGGUCAACUGUGCAUA